GACUUCUUUAUUUUUGGAUUCUCAUUACAUCAUACAGUGCCUUGUUCACAAUAGACAAUUAAAACUGAUAUCCAGGGAGGUAGUGCCUUGACCACAGUCAGUGGCAAAACCAAAAGGUAACUGAUUUCACUGAACACAUAUUGAGCUGCUUUCAUAUCAUAGUUCUUAUCUGCUCCCCUCCACCCCCCUUUCUUUUCCUUUUAAAAAAAUUAAAUUUUUUUUUUCUGAUUAUACAUGUACAUUAUUUUCUUUAAAAUACUCAUUUCUUUAUGAAUCAUGUUGGGAGCGAAAAAUCAGAACAAAAGGGAAAACCACAAAAGAAAAAAAAAGCAAAUGUAGCAUAUGUCAAUUUACAUUAAUUCUACAGAGUUUUCUCUCUGGAUGUAAAUGGUAUUUUCUAUCCAAAGUUUAUUAGGAUUGCCUUGAAUCACUGAAUCACUGAGAACCAAGUCUUUCAUAGUUGAUCAUCGCACAACCUUGUAGUUACUGUGUAUACUGUAUUGUUGGUUCUACUUGUUUUGCUCAGCAUUAAUCCAUGUAAAUCUUUCCAGACCUUUCUAAAAUCAGCUUGUUCAUCAUUUUUUUAAUAGAACAACAAUAUUCCAUUACUUUCAUAUACCAUAACUUAUUCAGCCAUUUUCCAAUUAACGGGCAUCUAUUCGCUUUUCAAUUCUUUGUCACCAUAAAGAGAGCCGCUAUAUAUAUUUUUUGCACAUAGGGGCCUUUCCCCCUCCUUUAUGAUUUCCUUGGGAUAUGGAAUCAGUAGCAGCACUGCUGGCUCAAAUGGCAUGCACAAAUUUCUAGUCCUUUAGGCAUAGUUCCAGGUGCUCUCCAGAAUGGUUGCAACAUUUCACAUCCAUCCACCAACAAUGCAUUAGUAUCCCAGUUUUCUCAUAUCCCCUCCAACAUUUAUCCUUAUCUUUUCCUGUCAUUUUAGCCAAUCUGAGAGGUAUGAGGUGGUACUGCAGAGUUGUUUUAAUUUGCAUUUCUCUGAUCAAUAGUGAUUUAGAGCAUUUUUUCAUAUGACAAUAAGUAUUAAUUUCACCAUCUGAAAAUUGUUCAUAUCCUUUGAAUCAAUUGACUUGUAGUCUUCCAAAUUUUUAGAAAUGAGGCCUUUAUCAGAGACAAUGGAUAUAAAGUUUUUUUUUCCCCCCCAGCUUUUUACUUUGUACUUCCCUUUUAAUCUUGUUUGUGUGCAAGACCUUUUUAAUGUAAUUGAAGUGUCCACUUUGCUUUCUAGUUCUUUGAUCUUUGAUCAUAAAUUCCUCUCUUCUCCAAAGAUCUGAUAGGUAAACUAUUCCUUCCUCUCCUUCUUUGCUUAUGGAGCAAACUUUCUUUUCCUUUUCCAUAAUUACUUCCUAUCAUUCUGGGAAGCGGUGAUAAAAAAAAAAAAAAAUGUUUUUUACAAACGAGGUGCUUAUUAAAUGCUUAUUGGGAGUCAUGAAAAAUCAGUUUUUGGCUUCCUAUUUUUGUUUACUUAGCUGAGGGAAAAUAGGAUUGGGUCAAGGAUAAUUAAGUGCACAAUAAUAAUAAUAUUUAUACUGUGCCACCUAGCUACAUGGAGUUUUAUAAAAGGGGAGGCGGGGUGCUGUUUGUUGAGCUUUUCCAUUGGUUUGGCUUUGAACUUGUUUGCAUUAUGGGAAUUCACUUCUUCCUAUUUAUGACAUUAAAGUUAGUAUGGAUGGAAAAGGAGGAAAGUUGUUUCACCCCGACUUGCUUGCUACUCGAGGUGGAAGGAAGGCAGGAAGAGUAGGUUACUCAAUCUGCAUAAACGCUACUAAGCAAAGGAUACAAAAGGAAGUAGCAGGAAGGGAAUGAGUCAAUCUCAACCUGCUUAACUAAGCAGCAACAGGGCAAGAGGCACUUUCUGCUUCCGUUUGGGCUUCCGCCCGUGCCCGGAGGGUACUGUUCUAACUGGGAGCCAUUGCGCAGCCGCAGAAAUUUAAAAUAGUUUGAUAUUCUCGUUGCCUGUCUAGUCCCUUCCGUUUCAACGCCAUCUUCCAUCCCCACCCACCUGUGCCAAGGGAAACCCGAGCCCGCGGCAGCGCAGAGACUGAGCCAGAGUGGCAGAACACACAGUGCCAGGGUCUAGACAUGUCUGAGGAGCAAGGUAAAGCAGCGUUGCAAGCUUCUCAUUAAUUGGGGGGGUGCUUUUCUCCUGGCCCGCUGCAACCUAAUGGAAGGAAAGGAAAACGCUCUGUCAUCAUUCCUAACGGCCCUCAGGAAACGCUUAGAAAGGAGCUCUCUCGAUCCCACCCCUUUCUUCGGCACUACUCUGGAUUGGCCAGCCCACGAAAGAGGGUGUGUCGCGGCCGCCAAUUGGUCAGGAGUAUCGUCUAUUGUUUUGUGGGGUCUCAAGCUCAAAUCCUUUUUCCUUUCAACCCCCUUAGUCCUCCCUCUCCCUUUCCCUCUUGGUACUCCGAGGGUUUGGGAGGAGCGGGUGAGACCCGGAAGAAAGACCGGGACCGCGGGGAGGGAAGUAGAAGUGCGCUUGCGCACGCGGUGUUCUCGGGGCUUCACACUCUCGAUUCGCGAGGAAAUGAGGAAAGGGCUGGGCAUGGGGCGAACCCGAGGUGAACAUUUAUCAGUACUGGGCAACCAAAUAGUUUCACAGAUAAAACAUCCAUGUGAAAUAAAGCAAAGUGGUCAUAACAGAGAGGAAACAGAGUUUCUAGUUUUGCAUAAAAGAAGACGGAUUGCCUCUUCAUUGGAAAAUAAUACAAUGAGUGCUCAAGAACCUGAGUAUGAAGAUAGAGGAAGUGUUGUAUAUGAAUAUGAGCCAGAUUAUGAAUGUGGUAGUAUUACAUCUGAAGCAUCCUACACAGGAAAUUAUCAGAAAACACUUAUGGAAGUCCUUAACUAUUGCCAGGCAAUGUAUGAUGCAAUCCAGAAACUAGAUAAGAAGUUUGACCUACUUCAUGAAAAGGUUUCAGAAAUGCAGCAUACUAGGAUGAAACCCUUGCUUCUCAAACCUAGACCAAUUGGUUUUACAUAUAGAAGUUCUAAUCAUGUACCUGUUGGAAAAAUUCGAGUACAAAAACCGGUGGAAAGGAAAUCUAGCAUUCAGAUCUCUCUCUCUGGACAGGAAGGUCAUAACCCAUCUUUAGCAGUGGUGCUACCACAAAACCAUGCUCAAACCAAUUCUGUGGGAAAGUCUCUUCAGACACCACUUAAAAUUGAAUCUCAGCAACAAGAUCUCAGACAGAGUCCAACUCUUCCUACAAUUGUCUCUACACAUUCAUUGUAUCAACCAUUUACAGGAGUAGUUAACAAAAUACCUGACUUUUCUUUGCAAAACAAGUUGGUCAACACAGUUGUUGAAAAUACUAUCUCAGCUGCAAAAAGUUCUCCAGUAAUAACUACAGUGACACCCACAAAACCUGAAGACUGUUUGGGAAGGAAUACUAUUAUGACGGGUUACCCAUUUUCACAGGAAAGUACAAUACUUAGUCAAGAAUUACAUCCAUCUUCUAUCUGCAUCAAUCCUAGUUUUGAGUAUAUUGGUGAUCCAAAGAGGAAUGUAAAGGUUCUUGGGACAUAUUUGAUGAAAGCUCGUCAAAAGACCAAACCCAAGUAUGCAGCACGCUACUUGGUUCGAGUUUUGUUCCCCAAGGAAAUGCUGUUAUGUAGUGUUAUGGGUGUCAGUACACGAGGUCGAAGAACUUUGGAUCCCAAUAAAGUUGCUGCAAUAAGAGAAUUUCUUGCAACACAUUUUCCAAACUAUGAUCUGAGUGAAUAUGGAAGAGACUGGAAAACCUGCAUUACCAAUGUAAAUGCUAUGAUUCGCUGUCUAUGCCGUGAAGCCAAAAUGAGGCCUGAGGAAAGUGAAAACAAAGAUAUACUUCCAGUCACCUCAGAGCAAUCUGUGUGUGUAGACAUGAAUUAUAAUGAUAAAGGUGGAGAAGUCAGUUCUCAGGUGUCUCAGAAAGUGCCUGCCUUAGGAAGAAAUGGAAUACAAACUUCAAUAUGGGACAGUAAUUUGUCACCUGAAGUGCCUCAAGCUUCUUCAUCUAAGAAACUGCCAUCUUUAGAACCAAUGCAACUUCUUGGUUACCCAUGGAGAAAUGUACAGUUGCCUUUUUCAGUUAUCUAUGUGGCAAAGGGAAAAUCUCGUCCAGAGCUUUCAGCUCGAUACCUUAUUCGUCAUCUCUUUACAGAGGAAGUAUUGGUAAAAAGCAAUGUAUAUGGCAGCCUGGAACGUGGCAUGUGUCCACUUGACUGUAAUAGGAUUCAUGCUCUCAGAGACUUUCUUCAGGAGAACUAUCCAUCUUAUGACCUUACAGAAACUGGAUAUGAUUGGAAAGCAUGUGUGGCUGCCAUCAAUAGUACAAUCCGAAGUCUUCGACAUGACCAUAAGAAGGCCACAAGAGGAUUCCAUGGGAAAACAUAAACGAAUGAGAAAAAUGCUUCAUAAAACCCUUCUGGAGUAAAACCACAUGAGAUAACCAUUAUCACAGUGGAUCAUUGUUUCAGUCAUCCUACAUAUGUUUCCUUAUGUAUGUGUCUCAAGUUCUGAUUUUUAAAAUGUGUUGGUGCAUUGGCAAUGCAGAAUCAUAGAAAAUAAUAAUGAAACCCGAUUCUUUGUAAAGUAUAAAUUGUAUCAUAAAAGUGAAACAUUGGAUAUUCCACAGGCUAUAUAAAAUGGUUUGCUUAACUUCUUUUAAUUUAGGUAGUUUUUAAUGUCAUGAAAGGAAUAAAAUGCUACUUCCAAAGAAGAGUAACUUAAAGUAUCUAAAAUGAAGGUGCAGAAACUCUUUGGAACCAUAGUUGGAGAAAUAUGCCAUAUUUAUGAUAACCAAGGAACUUUAUUUCAAAAUUAACAUUUAAUUAUUGAAAAGAGUUAUAAAGUUUAUAUAGAGCGAAAAUUCCUUUUAAGCUUCUUGAAAUUGAUAAAUUUAGAAGCAAUGAUCAUAUUCUUUUGCUGGAUUCAUGACAGCAUCUAGUUCAUUAAACCCUAGGACCUUCAUUGUUGCCAGUCAAUUAUUUUCUUACUAGUACUAGAAUGAACAUGAAGAAAAAAAGUUUUGGUAGUUAUUUUAGUUCAAUUUGAAUAAUUUGAUUUUUCAAGAAAAAAAUCUCAUGAAGAAUGAAAACUAAAUUUAGACUUCUCUAUCAAGAGUGAUUUCUAAAAUGCUUAUAUAAACUUGUUAUGUUUUCUAUAUUAUCUCUACAAUACUAUUUAAGUAUAUACAUUUUAAAUUAAUUAAUAAAAGUUUUAAGAAAUGUAAUUUGG